CCGAGAGGUGCAAACCAAAUUUACAAAAUGUAAAACACUUUUACAAAGUUUAAGACAAAUUUACAUUUUGGAAAACAUUUUUACAUAUCACAAAACAAAAUUACAAGUUCUGAAACAAAUUUACAUUUCAGAAAACAAUUUAACAAGACGCAAAACACUUUUACAAUCUCCGACACAAAUUUACAAGUGGGGAAACACUUUUGCAAGUUCCGAAACAAAUUAACAAAUGAAAAUCAACCGGAAAGGGAAUGUCCCAACUCCGGGGUUGAACCGUAAGUGAUAGCGAAGAUCGGCCAAUACGAGUUAUUGCUGUUGUUGAAGUUGAUGGAGUUUAUCGUGACCCAAGAUGGACAGCGAGCGGGUGAUGUUCUGCCCAUUUUGUGGGGAGCACAUGAGCCGCUUAACGCGGUUUUGUUUUUCGUGUGGUCGGUCUUUGGAGUUUUUAAAUGGGGCAGACAAAACGAAUGCACAGGAGACGUCCCAACCACCUGUUAAUGCUAAACAGGGAGAAAAAUCGUGUCCAUCAUAUAAGCAUUUCCUGGAGUACAGAAGCUCCAAGUCAAAGGAGCGUCAGUCUUGUAACUACGGGCCGAGAGGAAGACCUCGGGCUAAAGAACGAAAACACGUCCAGAUAAACAUUGGGUUGAUGGUGCCAAAUAGAGAUGAUGGAACUGAUUUAAAACCUCUAAGAGGGAAAACACUCCCGUUAUUUGUUGACCCAGAGGUCGAAGCACCUGAUCUUCUCAAGCAAGCUGUAAAGAAGAUGAGAACAUUCAACAAAGACAUGCAAGAAGGACCAUAUGUCCUUUUGUAUGCAGACUGCUCAGAGGUGGUCCAUGUGCCUGGGUCGGAAAAGCCGUUCAAACUGGAUGAUUAUAAAAGGGAACUUGGGAGGCCAUACGGCAGGAUCACCUUUUUCAUUUGCCUGGAAACACAUUUUAAAGGAGCAGUGGGUGAUACCUCAGACUCUGAUGGCGAUUCUGAAAUUAUCAUCACAUCAAGGAGCACAGCUGAAUUUAACCGAGCUGACACUGUGGUUUUUGAACCACGAAACCAAAGUACUCCCAAACACAAAACUGAAGAUGAAAGGUCAGUACAUUUUAGCAUCUUGCCUUUAUGA